GGUUCGCAGACAUUUUGGAGGGAGUUUACAGAGAGAUACCAGCCAGCGUACCUCCCUGUCUCUCUGGUUUUCUCUGUUCUCGUUGUUUGAGCAAAAACAAAGGAAGCGCCAAUGGCGGAGCAGCUCACCGAAGAACAGAUCUCGGAGUUCAAGGAAGCUUUCAGCCUCUUCGAUAAGGACGGCGAUGGUUGCAUCACUACCAAAGAGUUGGGUACUGUGAUGAGAUCCUUGGGGCAAAAUCCAACUGAGGCUGAACUCCAGGAUAUGAUCAAUGAGGUUGAUGCUGAUCAAAAUGGAACAAUUGAUUUCCCUGAGUUCUUGAAUUUGAUGGCACGGAAAAUGAAGGACACUGAUUCUGAGGAAGAAUUGAAGGAAGCCUUCAAAGUCUUUGACAAGGACCAAAAUGGUUACAUCUCAGCUGCAGAGCUGCGGCAUGUAAUGACAAAUCUGGGAGAGAAGUUGACAGAUGAGGAAGUGGAUGAGAUGAUUCGAGAAGCAGAUGUGGAUGGUGAUGGUCAAGUCGAUUACCAGGAGUUUGUGAGGAUGAUGCUGGCCAAGUGAAGGCCGUUGUUGGCGGUUCGAGUGCGCCUCCAAUGAUAUACUGAGCUUUUAGCUUUAUAAUGUAGAUGUCACACAGUAGUAAUUAUGCAGUACUAGUAAAAGUAUCAUCUUACCUUUCAAAUGUGGGCUACACAGAACCAUUUAUCUUUAGUAGUAUUUAUAUCUUUAGCUUGUAGCCCCUUCUACUUAGCUCAUUUUUUGGGUGUUUCCUUCAACAUUGAUGAUUGUGCUUGUUACAUGCUUUAUGCUUAUAUAAUACUAGUAAAACUGAAA